AGGCGCAUGCGCAGCUUUGCUUUGUCACGUGGUGUUUCCUGUUUGGCCCAGUGGGAACUGAAAACGGACAGGGCCGGGGCGAAACUCGUAGGUCCUCGCUCUACCACCUGUCAGAGACUCUAAGCUUGGCAACCACCAGGGACUCAGCUGUGCCUUGCCCUAUUGGUCAUGGCUGCAAUGUAUGCUUCGGUGCAGAAGAGAGGUCACCCUCCAGGACCCUCUGGAGCAGCUUGUGACCCUGCAGAGGCAGAGCUUGAGGGGGCAGUGUAUAGUACUGUAAAGCCUAGAGCCCUUCGUGGGGGCAUUGGGACCCCCACAGAAUACACUUCCGUAGCCUUACCCAGUUCUGCAGCCUUGGAAAGCCCUGAGUGCUCCUCGCCGGGUUCCGGGAGGCCCUUGCUGUCUCCGGUUUUUGCCCCCAGCACUGCAAGGAAAGCUAGCAACCCCUCCAGGAACUGCCCUGGGCCUGGGGCCUAUGAGGAUGUGGCAGACAUUGCAAUUCCAGGUCUGAGCCCCAGUGGCCUCCAGCUCAGCAGCAGCCUUGGCUUCAACAUUCGAAUUGGGAAACCGAAAGGUCCCCGGGAUCCUCCAGCUGAAUGGACCCGAAUGUAGGAAGCCUGUUGAGACAUUCCUGCCACUCUUUCUGCCUGGAGCCCAGGCCCAAGGCUCCUUUGGCUGUGGCUUAUUGGCAUGGCAGGUGGGCAGCCAAAUUAAAGAGUUCACUUUUCACAAUAAAGUUUUUUCCAUCUUGGAUGGAUCCCUCUU